UCCUUUUUGUGUAACUGUAGUUUUCUAUGCUCAAUCUGAUACACGCUCAUCAUCAUCAUGACGAUUUACAAAGAUAAAUACUCCAGGAAGUUCCGUGCAAGAUAUUCUGGAAGAUCAUGUCUCCAGCAUCCAACCAAGACACUUUCUUCCCCAACUCAAUCGAAAAGUCCACACCUGAAAACACCCAUCACGAUGCACAUCCAGAAUCUCAUCUCCUCCUCCUUUCUUCUGCUCCUUUCCUUCCCUAUCUCCACGACCGCAACAACACCACGCCCCCCCUAUCCCAACCGCACCCUAGUCGGCAUAACCAUGAUCGACACCCCCAUCGUCCGCGACGCCCAAGCCUACGCCCGACGCUACUGCUCCGACUCAACCUACAACCACAUCAUGCGCUCCUGGCUCCUCGGCCUCCUCCACCUCUCCCACGACCCCGCCCUCGCUUCCAAAAUCGACCUCGAAGUCCACGCCCUCGGCCUGAUCCUCCACGAUCUGGCAACCAACCACUCCCUCUCCGCCCCCUUCGUCACCCCCAACCGGCGCUUCGAAGUUGAUUCUGCCAUUGCAGCAGCAGAUUUCAUCCGUUCACACCCCGACGGGAAAAAAUGGCCGGGGUGGCGGGUUCAGAGGGUGUGGGAUGGGAUUGCGUUGCAUGCCGAGCCCGGGUUGGCGUUGUAUAAAGAGGCGGAUGUUUUUGCGAUAUAUUGGGGUAAUGAAUUGGAAUUCUCGUGGGAGAGGCCCGGGGGAGAGAGGAAGGGGGUGACGGCUGAGGAGAGGGAGAGGGUGUUGCAGGAGUUUCCCAGGCCGACGUUGGAGGAGGGGGGGAGGGGGAAUGUGUUUGCUUUUGUGGCUUGGUAUUGUAAAUACAAACCGGAGAGCACUUAUAAUACUUGGAUGCAGCCGUUUGGGGAGCUGCUGGUGCCGGGUUAUUCGGCGGUGGGACAUCGGGUUAUUGAUGGGAGUUUGGCUGCUGUUGGGUUGAAUAUGAGUGAGAUUCUCAAGUGAUGUGUGACAACGAACGGACACAGUGGCGGCUGCUUGGUGAUUAUUGUUGUUGAUAUUAUCUUGACUCUUGUUAUUGCUCUCGUUUGGUCGUUUCAUAGCACAGGUAGUCAACUAAAAUUCAUGACCUC